AUGUCAGAAAGCACAGCAGACUAUUAUACAUUCCCGUAUAAAAUACAAAAAGUAUGCGUUAUAGGUGCUGACGUUGCUGACUUGGUAAUAGCUAAAGUCCUGAUGUAUAUUGGGUUGAACGUAACUGUUUACGAGAGAGGAUCAUGUAACAGGGUAUACUCUGAGGAUACUGGACCAGUGCCCUUAUUUCCGAGCACAGAUCCGAUCCUCCUGAGGAGAUACCAGACACCGAAUCAUCUUGUUCUUCCCACCUUUCCUAAUAUCCGUAAUGUAUCUCCUAUCUAUGUCAGCCUCCACACUAAUAUACCAACGCCAAUAAUGACAUAUUUCAAUACGCCAUAUCCACCGAAUACACCUCUAUUCCCUAAUCGCAAGUCGUACUAUUGUACCUGA